AUGGAUCAGGCCUAUGUCCGGUCGACCUCAGAGGUGUUGCAGUACUUCCAUGUCAGUGAAGCAGCCGGCUUAUCGUCUGCGCAAGUUGCGGAAGCAAGGAAGCGACAUGGAAGCAAUUCGCUCCCUGAAGACCCUCCGACGCCACUCUGGCAACUCGUUCUGGAACAGUUCAAAGACCAGUUGGUUCUGAUAUUACUUGGUUCAGCCGCGAUCUCUUUUGUACUGGCCUUGUUUGAAGAGUCUGAUGACUGGACGGCCUUUGUGGAUCCAGUAGUGAUCCUGACAAUCCUCAUUCUGAACUCAAUCGUCGGUGUCACACAAGAAAGCAGUGCGGAAAAGGCAAUUGCGGCCCUGCAAGAAUACUCUGCAAAUGAAGCAAAGGUCAUUCGAGAUGGGACAGUCCAAAAGAUCAAGGCGGAAGAGCUGGUUCCCGGGGAUAUAAUCACAGUUUCUGUUGGAGACCGUAUCCCGGCUGACUGUCGGUUGCUCUCCAUACAGAGCAACAGUUUCAAAGUUGAUCAAGCCAUUUUGACUGGCGAGAGCGAAAGCGUGAGCAAGGACUGUGCAACUGUUGGAGACCUGCAAGCUGUGAAACAAGAUCAGGUCAAUAUGCUUUUCUCCGGGACCACUGUGGUCACUGGGCAUGCUGUCGCCAUUGUUGUUCUGACCGGCAGCUCUACUGCGAUUGGCGAUAUUCACGAAAGCAUUACAUCCCAAAUCUCGGACCCUACACCACUCAAGGAAAAACUAAACGAUUUUGGGGACAGCCUCGCCAAAGUCAUCACUGUUAUCUGCAUCCUGGUCUGGCUCAUCAACAUUCAGCAUUUCAACGACCCGUCACACGGCGGCAGUUGGGCGAAAGGUGCUAUAUAUUACUUGAAGAUAGCAGUGUCAUUGGGCGUUGCAGCCAUCCCGGAAGGUCUCGCCGUUGUCAUUACGACCUGUCUUGCAUUGGGGACAAGAAGAAUGGCAGCCAAGAAUGCCAUAGUCAGGAGCCUGCCAUCAGUUGAGACGUUGGGAAGUUGUAGCGUCAUCUGCUCCGACAAGACUGGUACUCUAACCACAAACCAGAUGAGCGUGGAGAAGAUUGUGUAUCUAAACGAAUCUGGCACUGAUCUGGAGGAAAUCGAGGUCGAAGGAACCACUUUUGCGCCCUUUGGACACCUUUUUUAUAAAGGCAAGAAACUCGAGAAUCCUGCUGUUACCUCCAACACGAUCAAGCAGAUGACGGAAGUGCUUGCUCUAUGCAACGAGUCGCGUUUGUCAUAUGAUGCUAAAACCAACACCUUCUCAAGCAUUGGGGAGCCUACUGAGGGGGCUCUUCGAGUCCUUGUAGAGAAGAUUGGCACAGACGAUAUCUCGACGAACAACACUUUGAACGGCCUGUCGAGAGCGGAACGAGUGCAUUCCGCCAGCAAAUACUACGAGGAGAAAUUCCCAUUGCAAGCUAUGUACGAGUUCUCAAGAGAUCGCAAGAGCAUGUCGGUGCUAGCCGGAACCGGCGACAAACAGACGCUGCUCGUCAAGGGUGCUCCUGAGUCGAUUGUUGAAAGAUGUUCUCACAUCGUGCUUGGCCCGAACGGAAAGAAGGUUCCUAUAAGCAAGAAACAUCUCGGUCUCCUUGGGGAAGAGGUAGUCGGUUAUGGUCGAAAGGGACUCCGAGUUCUGGCCCUGGCCCGUGUGGAAAACAUCAACGGCAACAAACUGCUGCAAACGGCAGAGACCACGAAAGAGUACGCCCAGCUGGAGCAGGGCAUGACUCUAAUUGGUCUUGUUGGUAUGCUCGACCCCCCUCGUCCGGAAGUCGCAGCCUCCAUCAGGAAGUGUCAAGACGCAGGGAUCAGAGUGAUUGUCAUCACUGGGGACAACCAAAACACUGCAGAGACCAUUUGCAAACAAAUUGGGGUCUUCGGCCCUGACGAAGACCUCUCUGGAAAGAGCUAUACUGGGAGACAAUUCGAUUUGCUGAGUGAAAGCGAGAAGCUACAAGCCGUAAAGACAGCGUCUCUAUUUUCCCGGGUCGAGCCUACCCACAAAUCCAAACUGGUGGAUCUGUUGCAAGCAGCCGGUGAAGUGGUAGCUAUGACGGGCGACGGCGUCAAUGAUGCUCCCGCACUGAAGAAGGCUGAUAUAGGGGUUGCUAUGGGCUCUGGGACCGACGUUGCCAAACUGGCGGCCGACAUGGUUCUUGCCGAUGACAACUUCGCUACCAUUGAAGUGGCCAUCGAAGAAGGCCGCACAAUCUACAGCAACACCCAGCAGUUCAUUCGCUACCUCAUCUCAUCCAACAUCGGAGAGGUCGUCUCCAUUUUCCUGACUGCCGCCCUCGGUCUACCUGAAGCUCUGAUCCCCGUCCAACUGCUGUGGGUGAAUCUGGUCACCGACGGUCUCCCAGCUACUGCGCUUUCAUUCAACCCGGCGGACCAUGAGGUUAUGCGACGCACGCCCCGAAAGCGUGACGAACCUCUGGUCAGCGGCUGGCUGUUCUUCCGAUACAUGGUCAUCGGCACGUAUGUUGGCGCGGCCACGGUUUUCGGCUAUGUUUGGUGGUACAUGUUUUACGAGUCCGGCCCCCAGAUCUCAUUCAACCAGCUGCGCAGCUUCCACAAAUGCUCAAUUGUGAACCCACUCUAUGCCAACGUGGACUGCUCGAUCUUCUCGCCCAACGCGGUUUACACACGGACGGCGUCGACCAUCUCGCUCUCGAUCCUGGUUGUGAUUGAAAUGCUGAACGCGAUGAACGCCUUAUCUUCCUCGGAAUCGCUCGUGACCAUGCCGCUCUGGAAGAACAUGAAGCUGAUCUACGCCAUCUGCCUGUCCAUGGCACUGCAUUUCGCCAUUCUGUACACUCCAUUCCUCCAGGCGCUCUUCUCCAUCGAACCACUCAACUCAACCGAGUGGCUGGCCGUCAUCUACAUUUCGGCGCCUGUCAUCCUGAUCGAUGAGGUGCUCAAGUUUGUGGAGAGGCUGAUGUUCCUGACUACCACCAGGGCCCCUGCCGGAGCGGUCCAAGCAAAGCGGGAAGGUAAUGGACACAUUGCCAAUGGGAAAGCCAAGGCGAGUUGA